AUGCCGAGCCGCCAUAUUGCUGCCACCGUUCCCGCCAUCGCCGAGUGUCCAGGCUGCGAGGAGAUGCAUCAACGAAGUGGUACUGCCUUUAAUCGCGCAAAUAUGGAUGCUCCCCUCGAGGUGGUCCUCGCUUACCCCAUCGAAAGCAGAGUAGUCUGUCCGCGCUGCUGGGGAAGCGGGGAACUAGGUGUGAGGACACGAGGCGACUUCUGCGACCCGCCGCACUUAGCGAAGCAUCAGAAGGCGAAGCAUCCCGGUGACACUAUCACGUACAAGUGCAGCCUGUGCGAAUUCAGGGGGUCUGGCCGCUACCCGCUGAAAGCGGUAAAAGCGCACUAUGAUAGAGAGCACGGCGGCCACCGGGAUGAGUCGCCUGCCACAGUGGCGGGCGCGGAUGCUGGUCGAGCGCAAAAUAGCGGUAGAGCGCGCGUCGGGAGCGCUUCCAACGCGGGUGUGCGGACUCGUGCGGCGGCCCUGCCGGGUACGAGUAGUGUAGGGGCUGCCGAUUCGCGGCGACUCAGGCGCAACCUCCCCGCGGCCACUCCGUCGCCGCAACAAACACCCCUAGCGGCGACAACAACAGCUUCCACGACUACAGGGAGGUCCCCCUCGUACGCGGCCGUGACAGCGGGUCCCUCCACCCGACCCGUGAGAGCUCCGUCGCUGACCGCCGGCGCGGGUGGCGCGGCGGUCGCGGCGACGAGGACGACGACAGCGAGGAGGAGCAGCACGGCCGUAAGGAGAGGCGCCAUCGGGACGGCCGCCACAGCGGCGACAGGGGCCACGCCGCCCAUCGCCGGUAUCGCCGGGGGCUCCAGUGAUGCAAGUUCAGCGGAGAGAAGGAGACCCUGGAGACCCCCGGUGCCUGUGCCCGUGUGUUCGGCUUGCGGAGUGCCGACACGGCUCUCGGGUACUCCGCCGCAGCCGAAUCCGCUCCGUGUCACCAGGUCGGCGCGAGUUCCCCCGCAUAAACCGUCGAACACCAGCAGCGGGGGAACGGGAGGCGCGCCGUCCGUGAAGAGGAGGCAGAAGGGUGCGGCUAGGCCGGUGCACGUUUCCCCCCGCUCUCCGCAGACCAUCGCGGAGAGCCAGCAGACGAUCGGCGCAUCACGGGGGGGAAACAGAAGCGGAGGGUCGCCCCCAGCAGCAGCAACGACGUCAGCUGCCGCCCUUGUGGGGGCGCCCAGUGCACCGGUCGCGAAGAGCACCCCGGAGCGGACUGUCGCGUCGCGGGGGACCGCGAAGAGGUCCACCAGGUCCCCGCCGGCCACCACCAUCGCUGCGGCAGCAGCCGGUGUUGCGACGCGGCGGCACGCGCGGCGGAAGGCGUCGCAGUUCGGAGUCGAGCCCGGAGGCGUCUGGCGGCGGGGUUUCAGAACACCUACCCCGCCGUCUUCCCCGGAGGGCUUCUCCGAGGUGCAGGUGGCGGGUGUCUUGGGUCGGAGGAGCGCAACUCCGACGGCCCGGGCGCCCACACCUGCGGUCCCCGCGCAGCUGCGCACGACCACCACGCGCAGCACGCGAGCGGGGACCCGGGCGGCCACGUCAUCGGCCGCCGCUGCGACGUCUUCGCCGGCGACACUCGUCACGUGCACGGUGACCACCUCCGUCUGCGGGGCGCCCGUGAUGUCGACGGGCGUCCCCUCUGCGGCCCUCCGGCCGGUGCCUCGGCUGGAGGGGCUGCAGCCGGAGGAACAUCGGCCCACAACACCACCAGUGGGCCGUCAGCACCCAUCGCCACCAACAUCGGCAGCAUCGGAGUGCAGCGGAGGCUCACCGGCACUGGCGAGUUCUGGGCGGCGGGUGGACGCCCUGUCCAUCACACCGGAACGAGAGGAGGAGCGGCGGUCUUCGGUGGCGCGACGGAGCAUGGAGGGGGACGGGGUGGAGCCGUGGGUGGUGCAGGGUCGGACGGUUCAGGAGCACUUCGAACGACUAUACGGCGGCGGGGAGCGACUGGACGGCCUGCCCGCCGUGGAACCUGUUGACCACUCGAGGCCGGAGGACGUCGCGCUCCUUAUGGCUCCCUUCACGGAGGGAGAGGUGGACCGUCGGCUCAGGCGCAUGACGAACUCUGCGCCUGGUCCCGACGGGAUCGCCUACAAUGAUCUCCGUGCGGCGGAUCCCGGAGCGCGGCUCCUCACAGCGCUGUUCAACGCGUGCUAUCGCCUCGAGGCGGUUCCACCGUCCUGGAAGACCUCCAACACGGUAUUGGUGUACAAGAAGGGCGAUCGGGACUCGUUGGAGAGCUGGCGUCCUCUCGCGCUGGGCGACACAAUGCCGAAACUCUUCGCCGCUGUGGCGGCCGACCGCUUGACCGACUGGGUGAUCGCGAACGACAAGCUAUGCCGGGCUCAGAAGGGUUUCCUGAGGGACGAGGGAUGCUACGAGCACAACUUCGUCCUGCAGGAGAUCCUGACCGACGCCCGAAGGACUCGCCGACACGCGGUGGUGGCGUGGUUGGACUUGUCGAACGCUUUCGGCUCUGUCCCCCAUGCUGCCAUCCGCAGCGCGCUCGUCAGAGCGGGCGUCCCAUCGGGCCUCAUAAACAUCUGGGGCUCGAUGUACGACGGUUGCACCACGCGCGUCCGUGCCGUUGACGGUUUCACCGCGCCUAUUCCCAUUCGCUCGGGCGUGCGACAGGGGUGUCCGUUAUCCCCGAUUAUUUUCGAUCUCGUCAUCGACUCGGUGGUCCGCGCGGCCGCCGAGCUCGCUGACGUCGGGUACGAUAUUCUCGGACAAACUUUUAACAUUCUCGCGUACGCCGACGAUCUGGCGCUUAUCGCGCGCACGCCCGAGGGAAUGAGGCAGCUGCUGACUGCCGUGGAGCUCGAAGCAGGGAGGGUGGGAUUGCACUUCAACCCUGCCAAGUGCGCCUCAUUGCACAUUACCACGGGGCGCAUUGGCAGGGUCCUGCCCACCGUAUUCGAGAUUGAGGGUCGACCCAUGCCGACCCUGGCGGAGGGGGAGCCUUAUCGCCACCUAGGUGUUCCCACGGGAUUCUCGGUCGACCAAACACCCCUCACCACCAUCGAGGGCGUGUUGAAGGACAUCUGGGCAGUCGACGCGUCCCUCCUAGCCCCGUGGCAGCGGGUGGAGGUCCUGGCGGCGUUUAUCCUGCCGAGGUUGGACUUCCUGCUGCGGGGCGCCGCUGUCGAGAAGCGUCCCCUGAGGGCCGUCGAUCUCCAUGUUCGGAGGAUCGUCAAGUCCUGGCUCAACCUGCCGCAGCGCGCGAGUGCGGAGGUGGUCUACCUCCCUCCCAGCAGGGGGGGCUGUGGACUGCUUCCGCUCUCCGAUCUCGCCGACGUGCUGACCAUCGCUCACGCGUUCCGUCUGCUGACGGCGAGUGACGCGGUGGUUAGCGGGCUGGCGUGGGGGUCGCUGCGGGGGGUUGUGGCGAGAAGGAUCGGCCACGCCCCUAGUGACGAGGAAAUCGCCAGCUUUCUCUCGGGCUCGCUCGAGGGUAGGCUGAGGGGCGGAGGGGAGGCCUCGCUGUGGUCGAGGGCGCGAAACGCUGCCCGGAGACAGGCCAAUCGGGCAGCCGUCCGUUGGCGCUGGUCCGAGGUCACCGGGGAAAUGAUCGUGGAAUGCCGUGGCCCAGGAGAGCGAAUCGUGAGGGUCCCUGGAAGCGCCCGCGCCCAGGUGAUCCAUCGUUUGCGCUCGGCUGUGAUGGAGUAUUACGCGGGAACGCUCCUGCGUAAGCCUGACCAGGGGAAGGUGUUCGAGGUGUCGUCGCGCGUGCCGGUGAGCAAUCACUUCAUGCGCGGCGGCUCGUUCACCCGCUUCGCCGACUGGCGGUUCGUCCAUCGGGCCCGCCUCGACGUGCUCCCCCUGAACGGGGCCCGUCGAUGGGGGACCGUGGACGAGAGGUGCCGUCGGUGCGGGAGGACAGCCGAGACCCUUCCCCACGUCAUCGGUCAUUGCGGCGUGCACGCCGCUGCCAUACAGCUGAGACACGACGCGGUUCUGCACCGCCUCCGUAGGGCUUGCCGUCUGCCGGGUGAGGUGAGGGUCAAUCAGCGGGUGGAGGGCGUCGACGGGGAGCUUGAGGGGUUACGGCCGGAUCUCGUUGUCCGGCACGAGCCCUCCAAGAGUGUCGUCAUAUGCGACGUGACGGUGGCGUUUGAGAACCGUUUGGUGGCGUUCGAGGAAGCAAGGGGGCGUAAAGUUGCCAGGUAUACCCCCCUUGCGGAGGCGCUACGGGCUCAGGGCUACCGUGUGGUCGUGACGGCCCUCGUCGUCGGUGCCCUCGGCUCCUGGUGUCCGAGGAAUGACGCGGUGCUGAGACUGUUGCGCGUUGGCAGCAAAUACGGGUCCAUGAUGCGCCGGCUCAUCGUCUCGGACACUAUACGCUGGUCUAGGGACAUCUAUGUGGAGCACGUGUCCGGAGUUCGUCAGUACCCUGCUCCGCCGCGACCUUCCGGGGAUGGGGGUCCUUUGGUGUCGCCUCCUCUUGCAAUUCGCCGGCGUUAUCCCGACGGCUUGUUGGCACCGCGCGAACUGGAUGUGAAUGUCGCGUAA